AAUUUUUUUCUGCUCCCCUCUAACUCCUCUCCACUCGCGCUUGGAAGGAUACCGACGGGUUUCGCGGCGGCUGUGGCACUCCGGGCUCCUUUCGGCAGCCGGCCAGCCCCGGGCGAGCCUCCCCUCCCGUCCCCUCUCGCCCCGCCGCUGCCAGGCGGGCCCUGGCCGCGAUGAGCGCCGCCGCCCCGGCUCCGGAGCCCGACCCGCAGGAGGGGGGGCCCGGGCACGGCCCCGGCCCGGCCCGGGAGGGCAGCCCGCAGGAGGAGUUUGACUUCUCCAUCCUCUUCGACUACGACUACCUGAAGCCGAUCGAAGAAGAACCGACUCCACAUAAAACCAACAGCCCACCCUCUGGAGUUACAUACGCUCAUGAUGUCUUGGACUGUGGCCUCAAGCCAUGCCCCCUGCCUUUUUCUAGCCUUUCUGCAGAUCCCAUGGGCAGAUAUGGACAGCCAGAUAGCAUAGGGACAACACCUACACACCCUGCCAACGCUGCAGGGGCCUCUGCUCCGAGCCCUAGGAUUGAAAUUACUCCAUAUCAUGAACUGAUUCAUUCAGGGGGUCCCUUCCGCAGCAGAGACACAGAUGUUCUUUUGGUAGAACAUCAGUCAAACUCAGCUACCACUAGCCCAAGGGUUACCCUGCCUGUCCCUGGCUUUGAGGGCUACAGAGAACCACUGUGUUUGAGCCCAGCUAGUAGCGGCUCCUCUGCAAGUUUCAUUUCAGAGACAAAUGUAUCUCCUUGCACAUCACCAUGUGUUUCACCAAAUAAUGGUCCUAGUGAUGACCUUUGUCCACAGUUUCAAAACAUCCAUACUCAUUAUUCUCCUAGAACCUCUCCAAUAAUGUCACCACGAACAAGCAUCACGGAGGAAACCUGCUUGGGACGACAUUCACCAUCACCCUGUCCCAACUCAAGGUCUUCAUCACCAGGUGCAAAACGGAGGUACUCUUGCACUGAGCUCUACAGUACUCAGCUGCCUUCCACUUCUCCACGACAGUCAAGGACCCCCUCUCCACAGUCUUCUCCUCGCAUCCCCUUGAGAGAAGACAACUCUUCAGUUACUUACACGCAGUUGCCCAGCGCUUCUCUUUCCAUGGAUGCUAUGAACACCCUUCCUACGGAUCCUUCCUGUGGUGUUCCCACGAAAAUUUGGAAAACCAGCCCUGAUCCUUCAUCAAUGCCUUCCCACAAAAACAGCAUUCCGUGUCACGUCUUUCAGACUGUUGACUUCCACGGGCCUUGUGAGCAGGAGGACAGGAGAAACUCAGCCCCAGAAUCAAUUUUGUUGGUACCUCCAUCCUGGACAAAGCAACUGGUGCCUGCAAUACCUAUCUGCAGUUUGCCCGUCCAGUCGCUGCCGCCCCUUGAGUGGCCGCUCUCCAGCCAGUCCGGCUCCUACGAGCUGCGCAUCGAGGUGCAGCCGAAGCCCCACCACCGGGCACACUACGAGACGGAGGGAAGCCGAGGGGCCGUCAAGGCACCAACUGGAGGCCACCCUGUCGUCCAGCUUCACGGUUACAUGGAGAACAAACCCUUGGGUCUUCAGAUCUUCAUUGGGACAGCAGACGAACGGAUACUUAAACCUCACGCUUUCUAUCAAGUCCAUCGCAUUACGGGAAAAACCGUUACCACCACCAGCUAUGAAAAAAUCAUUGGCAACACCAAAGUUCUAGAGAUCCCACUGGAACCCAAAAACAACAUGAAAGCAACCAUCGACUGUGCAGGGAUUUUGAAGCUGAGGAACGCAGACAUCGAGCUGCGCAAGGGAGAGACAGACAUUGGCAGGAAGAACACCCGCGUCCGGCUCGUCUUCCGCGUGCACAUCCCCGAGUCCAAUGGCAGGAUCAUUUCUCUGCAAGCAGCGUCAAACCCCAUCGAAUGCUCCCAAAGAUCUGCUCAUGAACUUCCGAUGGUUGAAAGACAAGAUAUUGAUAGCUGCCUUGUUUAUGGAGGGCAACAGAUGAUCCUGACUGGACAGAAUUUCACAGCAGAGUCCAAGGUGGUGUUCACAGAGAAAACAUCAGAUGGGCAGCAGAUCUGGGAAAUGGAGGCAACAGUGGACAAAGAUAAGAGCCAGCCUAGCAUGCUUUUUGUAGAAAUACCAGAGUACCGUAACAAGCACAUUCGCACAGCUGUGAAGGUGAAUUUCUACGUCAUCAAUGGGAAAAGAAAAAGAAGCCAACCCCAGCAUUUUACCUAUCACCCAGUACCAUCAAUCAAAACAGAGCCCAUUGAUGACUAUGAUCCAGCCUUAAUCUGCAAUACAGUACACAGUGGUCUGGGAACAGUAACACAGCCUUACUAUUCACAGCAUACAAUGGUCACCGAAUCCCCUUCCUGUCUUGUGGCCACUAUGGCUCCUUGCCAGCAGUUGCGCUCAGGCCUUUCUUCUCCUGAUUCUCGAUACCAUCAGCAGAAUCCGGCCGCUGUAAUAUACCAAAGAAGCAAGAGCCUUAGCCCGAGCCAACUGGGCUACCAGCAGUCCAAUUUGAUGGCUACACCAGUUGCUAUUUCAGAUGCCCAUAGGUCAGUGCUGGUGCACGCUGGUUCUCCAGGCCAAACUUCAGCAGUGCUCCACCACUCUCCAGGCAACCAGCAGUCUUCUCCAGUGAUUCACUAUUCUCCAACCAACCAGCAGCUGAGGUGUGGAAGUCACCAAGAAUUUCAGCACAUCAUGUGCUGUGAAAAUUUUACAUCCAAUGUUGCAAGAUCCAGCCAGCCCCAGGUCAGUCAAGCACAAAGGUUAAGUCCGACUUCAUAUCCUACCGUGAUUCAGCAGCAGACAGCCUCAGGCCAGCGAGCAGCAAAAAAUGGACCACCGGUUAGUGACCAGAAAGAAGUGUUACCAGCUGGAGUCACUAUUAAACAGGAACAGAAUCUGGACCAAGCAUAUCUGGACGACGAGCUGAUAGACACACACCUUAGCUGGAUACAAAACAUUAUAUGAAAAAGAAUGACUGUGAUCUUUGAUCCAAGCAAUCAAAAAGAAAGUUAACGAAAUUAUCAGGAAGGAAUUUUCUGGACUCCCUGCCAGAAAUCAGACAUAGAAGAGACAACUUUUACCGAAUCCUUCCAUAACUGACCUCUUAGAUCCUUCCAAUGCCCCUGCAACCUCACGCUUCCUUAACUGUUCAUCUCAAGGCACCAAUUCAAUGCAAGGAACAAUGUAUUGGCAUCGAGCUGACAGCCUUGACUAAGCAACUCGCCACCUCUCUCUGUAAACAUCGAGAAGGACACCCUUCCUUUCGUCCAAAGACUGUAUUGUUCUCAUAUAACAGAGCAUCUGUCUGAGGAAACUCUUCAAGCCUGCUGCAAAAUAUCUGUCUAUGUAUCGAUCUAUCUUGGUAAUAAGGGAGAAGUGAGAUGUCACUCCUGAACACCGCACAAAGCAAGGGAGGUUAUAUAUUAGUGCUUAUUUGGGUGGGGUGGGAAACGGGGGAAGAAAGAGUAAUAUAUUCCAUAAAAGAAUAACGACGUUUUGCAGUUUGCUAACAAUGACUUGCCCUCCAGGUCUCAAAGCACUUUUGAGACAUUUUAUCGUUGUAGGAAACUGAGGCAAUCCAAGCUUGCUCAGCCUUUAUCCGACCUGGGAUCAAAAGCCAUUUCUUUUUUCUGACUCUGAGCACUGUGAUCAGUGUUUCAAACAGUAGAUGUCAGCUGAAUCCCGGAGUUUUCUUCAUUGUUCUUGUCAGACUGGAUAGGAAUUUGAAGGAGAAGGAUGCUCACAGAGAACCAGUGAAAAGAGCAAUUCCGCAGUUCUAGCACCUGUCCCAAGGUAAAAGAGACCCAGAUAAAACAGAGAUUAAUAUAUAGGAGUCACAGUAAAUCCAAAGAUUUUAUGUUUGAUUCGUAUUAAUAUUUAGUCAGUGUAUGAACACAUCUUAGAUAUUUUCUCUCUAAUAAAUUGUUGCUGUUUCUUUUCAUAUAGAACCUGCUAUUGGCUCAUAACUUAUCUCAUUUAGCAGCUGUAACAUUUAACCACACAAGCUGCAGAGGAAAAGACUUGCAUCUUACAGAAACCAUAUGUUCCAGAAAAAGUAUACACUUACUUAUAUUCACCUUGUCUCUUUAGCUUUGCAAAGCUACCAGCAAUUUCUGGAAAGGUGAAAUUUCCACGUGAGUUAGUAUCUUUGUUAUGUUUUGCUUCAUGUGUUAGAAUAUGCUGUACUGCCGCAGGCUUAUCAUGAUAAGAGAUAACCGCUGCCACCUGCAGUUGUACAGCUAGAAAGUUUGUAACAUUUUGAUGUGUCAUUGCUACCACAGUGUGAUGAAAAGGCAUUGUGAGUGGAUAAUCAAUGUACAGUAAAAAAUAGCCGUAAUAUUGUAGGAGAUAUGUAGUAGUCUUUUCUGGUUUUGUAAAUGAGGAACACGAUAUUUUUAAGAGUGCAGAGCCUGAUCUCUGUUCUAGAGCACAGUGAAUCUAUCCUGUUCUCAGUUGUUUCACAGUAAACUUUGCUAAACACCAACGUGUCCGCAUGCUCACAGCAGGAAUUAGGUUACAUGAAUAUAGCAAACCUGGAGAGCAGCUGCAUAAUUGGUUCCCCCAUAUUGCAAGAAAGAUCUUGCACAAACCCUGCAGAGUAUGUGCUCAGUUCAAGAGGAAUCUUUUCAGGUGUAUUGAGAAGAAUGUAUUUUCUGUCACUAAAAGCUGGCACUUUAACUCUGCAAGAUCUUCAGUUUUAGAGUUAGAAGCAUUAGACUUUCCAGAACACCUGACCUACGUCUCACCUAUAACCUUGGACAUUAAUAACGCAUUAAUGACAGUAAUAAUGCAGCUUGGGGAGUUUGCCUCUUUUUUCCCCUUGAAGUACUGCUAACACACACUGGCAGCAGUAGUGUAAGACAGCGAGUGAGUGGUAGCAGGCAUUGGUCCACUUUGUGAGAUUCAAACCUUUUGUCACAAAACGAGUCCCCUGUAUCCCAUUUCAGCAACACCAAAACGUCACUGGCCAAGAAUGCCUCAUCCUGGUGCCCAUAUUGUGAAUUCCACAUGGUGUGUCGGUACAAAUGUUGAGAUAGCCAAGCCUCAGCCUGUUACCUGCAGCAGUGAAAAUGGCCUUUUUUAUUACUACUUUUACAGAAACAAAACUGAAGCUGGGACUAGCUGAAAUGACUUCUCUGCAGGGGAAUUAUUGAUUGUUAAACAGCCCUUGUAUAGAACUUCGACUGGCUUACAUGCCUCAAAUAAGCUAUUUUGGAUUGCUUUAAAACUGCCAGUUUGCCAGAAUCUGACACAUAUUAUGGAUUUUUAAUGCACUCUGAUGUUUUGGACAAUUUUGAAAAAUUCCUCAGCACAAAAGUUGCCUGUCAGAGCUCUUUGAUGCAGCUGAGCAAAAGAACAGACUAACCACGUCUCCCAGUUUCACAGAAUUAACGCUUGGAAGUACCAAACGUGGCCAUCUGUUUUUUCCCUGAGCCAACCUGUAAAGUAUAGGAGAAAUUUUAAAAAAAAAACAACCACAAACCAAAAUCCCAUUCACAGAAAACGAAAAAUCCCCAAAUAACUCAGAGGAAUUUUUCUCCUGCUGGGGAUUUUAAAUAAAAUAUCAAAGAAGAACAUGAACUACUUUUCAAAUCUGUAGACGCACUGACGUAGUCUAAAAAUACUGCUGCUUAUUUGGUGCUUGUCCAUAGCAACUGCUUGUCAAUAGUCUUCUGUAUACAGCUGAACGGCUGCUCUCAAAGUCAGAUACCCGCUCACCAAAUCCACCAGCAACCUUCUCCUGCCAUGAGCCACUGCACUAUGCAUGUCAUGAUGCAGACUGAUUUUUUUUUUUUUUU